AUGCUGAGCUUCACUGCAGGUCCCAUGGAGGCAGAGAAGAUUGAUGGUCAAAGACUCUUUCGUCAAAUGAAGAGGAAGAAGUGCUUAGCCAAGAAGGCUCGCGUUGAAUCGCCACAGGCCUCCGCCGAGGCCCAACCUUCACAAGCCCCGGCGCCAGAGCCUGAGCUCCCCCCUCCUCACCCUGUCAUCGAGUUGGAGGAGGACAUGACACCUCAGGGCCCCGAGAUGGCGGCAGAGCCUACCACAGAGCCUGCCAAGACCGUCACUAGGGGUGACACAGGAGCCGCUCCUGGGGUACACCUUGCGGAGACUGCAGCCAAGGCGUGCCCUGCUGAUGCUGCUGCCGAAGCUUCCGAGGAGUCCGCCCAUGCGGUAGAGAUGACGACGUCUAGCUCGAAGAGUCAGGGGGUGAAAGUAUUCUGA